AUGUCUUCAGCUGGGUCGCCCCUCAUCUACGUCUGCCGGAGUUGCAGGCAGAAUGUCCGGCGGGCUUCGCAAACUCCACGAUCAUUCAGUACCACUGCUGCCAGAUCAAAAGUGAUACCUUCUUUCGCUCCGACGCCUUUUCCAGAACUUGACGAACUUCUGUUGACAUGGCGCCACAAAGUGUUCAUGCCGGCGGCGCUCCAGAACCACCACAGAGCCCUCAUCUACAAGAAGUCGCGACACCAGACUCUCCUGAACGAACCUGGCGUGACGGUGACGAUGUCCGACGACGAAGAGAUCAAACUCGAGCCGAUGAACUACUUCGACAAGCCUAAUAAGCAAAAGUCUCUACGAACGAUUGCCGAGUUCCUCAGCAACACCAACAGCGAUGCCGUUUGGAAGAACCUGCCGUCGUUCCUGUCCGGGAUGGUGCUGGCCAAACAGAAGAUCCCUACAUAUUUCUACCAGAAGAUCACGCGGAAAGCGGGCGAAAAUGGCAAGGAGCGUAUUAUCAUCCUGUGCGCGGAGAAGGCGGAGGAGACCGGCCUGAAACUGUCCAAGGGCACGGUUGCGAAAGAAUUGAUGCUUGCUUUCCACACCCGUGCGGCUCUCGCUGGUUUUAAAGGCGGUGAGCUGGAAGCAGCUAUGCGCCGGGCGGAAAAGGUGGUGCGAAUGCUGGAAGACGAGUUAUAUGAUGCCGACAAGCUGAAAGAGGACGAAGUGGAUGCUCGCAAGUCGCCCUUGGUGGCAAGUGUGAUGACCGAACUUGCUGCGGCGAAGGCAAUUGAAGGGCAGGACUCUGAUGUUGCGAAGGUCGCCAACUACGCGACAAAGAUGCUCCAUCUUGCAGCAAAGGAACCUCACACUGGCUUGGACCACCCUCCUAAAGGGGACGGCAUUCGCGAGACCCGUGCAGCCGCCAACAUUGAGCUCGAGAACCUGUUGCCGAUGCAGAAUGCCAUCAAGCUGGCUCUGGAACUGGAACCCAUUAAAAACUCCCAGCUCGGGAAGGAGCUGACGGAAAAGCUGAGGUCCGUAACUGAUGAGGUUGAGAAGAACGUGAAGGUCCUUCGUGACACCGCCGACGGUGAACCUAGGCGAGGCUUGGAGAUGUAUGAUCAGAUUCACGGAACGGAGUACAACCCGGUUGCAGCCAACGAGGCUGACGGGAAAAGCUCAUAA